CUUGUUUAUCAAGAAAAUUGUGUAGAUACCUGCACUUUCACAGGUUGACUUAAAGUAUAGAGGAAAAAAAUGGGAGGAGGAGCCAUGUUGCCACUCUUUACAAGUACAAACUCCAACAAUUCUUUCACUACCCCAACCCUACCCACCCUUAGGGACUCCAAUUUCCAAUCUCCCCCUUCUUUAUCAUCAAUUUGUGAAAUACCCUUUGGAGAAUCUUGGACUAAGAAUAGGUGUAUUGAUUAUGGUUCAAACUCUAAGAUUCUUGAUAUUGAACCUUUUGAUGAAAAAGGAACACAAGGGUCUCCUUAUUAUGACUCUGUUUUUGGUUCUGUUCCUUGUAGCUGGGAGGUUGAAAAGGCCAUGUCUGAUCUCCAAAGUUUUAUGAGUGGGUAUUAUGCUCCUAAAGAAGAGAUGAAUUGGGUUGAACCGAUGCUAAAUCCUUAUCAGUCGACUCUGGUGAAAUCACCUGGAAAUGAAAGAUUUUAUGAUGCUCUUUUUAUGCUUCAAAAUGAACCAUCAAUUCAGAGAUUGGUUUGUUCCAUAGCUUGUGACAGAGCUGUUUGGGAAGCCAUGAUGAGCAACAAGGCAGUUCAGAAUCUUCAAGGCUCAGUCAUAUCUGCAGCAAAAGAAGAAGAAUCACAAAGCUCAACUGGGGAGUCAGACAUCGGAUCCCUCAUAGUGAAAUGGAUUAUGGGCAUCACAACUUCCAGAAUCGCGGAGCUGCUCCAAUCAUUUGGAUCAUUAUUAAGUGAAAUAAUCCAUGAUAUAUUUGAACCAGACAGUAAAGAAAAACCCACUUCUGAACUCUCUCAUCUCUUGGAAGAGAAGAUUAGAUCCUCUUUCCUUUUAUCAGUUAUUUUGUUGUUGAUUGUGGUCGUCACAAGAACCCAAGGAACUUGAUCAGCAUCAAAUCACACGACGACUCAUUUGCUA